AUGAACAGCAGCGAAGUCAGUGAAUGCUUGCAGACUAUUCAUGACUGGAACUUCAAUCCGUUUAAGCUGAAUGAGGUGACGGGAGGCAAACCUGUUCAAGUGCUGGCCCUCUUCCUUCUCAAGACCCACGGGUGUGUCGACAACUUCGCGCUGGACUCGGCGCGGCUGGUCAAGUUCCUGCAGGAGAUUGAGAGCGGAAUGCCCAAGUCGAACCCCUACCACAACGCGAUCCACUGCGCGGACGUGACGCAGAAGAUGCACAUGUUCAUAUCGAGAGGGGGAAUCGGGGAAUUCAUGGGGCCAACGGACAUUCUCGCGGCCCUGCUCGCGGCGAUCAUCCACGACUUCGAGCACCUGGGGCUGAACAACGACAUUCUCGUCAAGAUGGGGCACGAGCGAGCUCUCCUACAUAACGACAAGGCACCCAACGAGAACCAUCACCUCGCUGCUGCCUUCCGAAUCAUGAAGCGCCCGGACUGCAACUUCAUGCACAGCGUGCCGCAGCUCUCGCAGUCGAAGAUCCGCAAGCUCAUCAUCGACAUGGUCCUCGCGACCGACAUGGGAGAGCACCAGAGGAUGCUCGCGCCCUCUCUCAACGGACCGGGGCAGGAGACGAGCAAGGAAGCCAACGGGCCGCCGGAGGUGGACGAGCAGAGCCUAGUGCUGAUGCUGCGAGGAGCGAUCAAAAUGUGCGACCUCGGCCACGCCUACGCUGAGCUGGACGUGCACGUGCAGUGGUCGCAGAGACUGGAGGACGAGCUCUUCCGGCAGGGGGAUGUAGAGAGAUCACUGGGGCUGCCUGUCUCCUACCUGAUGGACAGAAACAAGCCAGGGGUGACUAAGUCGCAGAUUGGAUUCUUCGAGCUCGUCGUGAACCCGCUGGCGGUCGCGUGGGUGAGCUGCUUCCCCGCCUCUGAAGUGAUUCUAGAGCGGCUCAAGGCAAACCUACACCACUGGAGACUCGAAGAGCAGACGCGAACAUGA